AUACUUUACACAGUUAGAUAAGGAGAAGAAGAAGCUCCAUAUUUUACUGGAGAUAGACACGAGCUGCAUUCUUAGGACAUGGGUAUUCAUGGAUCCAAGCAUCAGAAACAAGCACAGGUCCUGAUGCUGGGCCUGGACGGGUCAGGAAAGACCACGCUGCUUUACAAACUGAAGUACAACGAAAGUGUGGUGACAGUGCCAACUGUGGGUUUCAACGUGGAGACACUGGAGACAGACAGGAGCAGCCCGGGACUGAUUGUGUGGGACGUGGGGGGCCAGAAGAAGAUGAGGCCCCACUGGAGGCAUCACUAUACUGACACAGCUGGAGUGGUGUUUGUGGUGGAUAGCUGGGACCAGAAACGACUGGAUGAGGCCCGCAAGGAACUUCAUCGGGUUCUGAGGUACGAGAGUCUCAGAGAAGUUCCUUUCUUGGUCCUCGCCAACAAACAGGACCUGCCCGGAGCUCUGAGCCCAGAAGAACUUUGCCUGAAACUUGAUUUGAGAAAAGUGUGUGAAGGCAGGGCCUGGUACAUCCAGCCGUGUUCGGCCACAACAGGGAUGGGACUCGAGGAAGGUUUCAGGAGGAUAGUGUAUUUGAUGAAGACUCCACUGAAACGGACUCAAGAGGACAUUAAGGUUAAGAUGAGGUCUAAGGGCUUCAGUAUCACAGCUAUGAAACAAGCCUUGCUCUGUGGCAGUUGAUGAAUGAAAACUUUCUUUAGUUUUAUUCAUGCUCUGUGCAGGAUUUUGGCCUGCCUACCUCUGCAACUCAUCACCGAACAGCCUGAGUCAUGGUCAGAUGGUGAUACUCAGUCAGAGAUGAGAGUGAAUAUGUACGGUAUAACUUUUAAAGAAUCCCACAGAGGACAGAGUGACUGCAGACCACAAGGAUUCUGUGAGAAAUUCUGUGAGAAAUCUUAGAUUAUCAGAUUAGUAUUGAGAAAACAGUUUCAAGCUGUCAUGAGCAACAAUUUAAUCUGACAGUAUAUGAAAAAUUGACAACGGUUGGUGUUUGGGCACAUUUCCAUGGCUCAAAGAAAUACUGUUUACCAACUGUGCACUUAAUCUGUUAAUCUUAUUUAAUCUGUUGUUUGUGUUAUUCUUAGGAUCACAGCAUUCAAAUAUUCAG